AUGGAACCGUGUAAUGAGAUUGAAGACCCGACUUGUACGGAAGCUGACGAUUGUGAAGACUAUGAAGUAUGCUGUUCUACAGGUUGUGGAACGGCUUGUGUGGAUCUUUCAGAUCCAAAACCACCAGGAAAGAAGCCAACCCUUGCAUUAAUUGCGCUGCUUUUGUCCGCUCGCCGACAGCGACCUCCUGUAGCUACAGCAGUUCCCAUUGUACCAGUAGUCCCAAUUUGUCCGGUAUCCCCAAUUUAUCCAGUGUCGCCAAUAAUACCAGUGGCACCAAUUGGUUGUCCACCAAACCGAUGUAUUUGUUCAAGGAACCUCGGUGCAAUUUGUGAACCAAAUAUAGAAGGUUGCGGCGCCAAUAUCCGUGAUCAACACACUGGAAAAAGCAUCACGCAAUAUUGCAAAUGCGACCCAGGUUAUCAGAUAUACAGCCCUUGCUCUAAAGAAAAAUGUUUCGACAUAUAUGGAAGACCAUUGGUGUGCCCGGGUCAUCCGAAUGCUAGACGCCGCGUGACUCAGUGUGGAAGAUGCCAGGCCUAUUGGAUGGAUAUUUAUACAGGAAAACAAGUUACAUGCCAAAAAAGACAACCAGUAAACUUAGGUGCAGCAUGUGGUCCUGGAGAGAUUCCGGUUCUUGGAUGUCCAGUUGUAUGUCAACAUAUUAAGUGCCCGAAUUAUCCGUAUGCAAAUUGUACAGUUCGAUCUUGUAAUGGGUGCACGGCAAGGUACACCUACUAGGGAAAAGAUGUCACGGCAGAUUGUAACCAAGUCGUGGGAUAAGAAUGGCUGGAGAAAGAAUAAAACUCAAAACUAAUCGAAAUUAAUAGACGUACCAUAUUAGACGUAUUAUUUUCAAUGACCAAGCCGUUUUAUCUUUUCCUCUUUAUUAUGUACAUUAUAUAGAUGUAAUAGUUUGUUUGUAUUCCUCAUUAGACCUUAUCAAUUUUUUGUAAGUGUCUCCUAAAUUGCAUUUGCUGUAAAUAUUUUCGAUUUACUGUUUGCCCUAUAUUGCUUUUAGUUGCAUAUUCCGCCAAACUUGCCCUUCCUAUAAUUUUUCUGUGCUUUUAUCUUGCUUUCCUCGCGUUUUUAUUAGUUGUUAGUAAUUAUUCCGUGAAAGUGACAUUUUCUGUUUUACUGUGUCAUAAUCGCAUACACUUCGAAUGUCGCUGUAAUUGUAUCAGCUGUGACUUAUUCCUAGGAUUUAUUCAUUUUAUCCCUCAUUCAAUUAUAUUUAUUCUAACCUGUAGCGCUGUAGGUGUCGCUGCUUGAAGACCUUCUUAGGUCCCUCGCGACUCCGGU